GAAGUUCCAUGUUCCAUCUCUCUUUAGAGGACGAGUGACGUUACGUGAUGGUAGACGAAUGUUUUCGAGACUCUUUUAUCCUUUAUCGUGAAAUAUAACCGAGUGAUGUUCUAAUUCCAACACUAUCGCAGGAGGAAAUAAGAUUCGAGGAUGGACGCGGCUACGGGUAAAAGGAUGCAGGAUCUGCCACCUAAAGGAGGCUAUGGUCCCAUCCAAACGGAUCGGGUUAAGCUCCGCACCAUUUUGGGGGCCAAGAACACGUUUGCGCUCUUCUUCGCCACCACAGUGGUUGGAUUCUAUGCUUACUAUCUAAAUUACAAGCUUGUUAAACGAAACGAGAUUGAGAUGAGAAGCACACGUCUGGCUAUCUGGCCAGCACUGAUAGCGGAACGAGAUAGAUCUAUCUUGAAACAAAUGAGACGCAAUCGAGAUGAGGAGGCAGAGUUAAUGAAGAACGUCGAAGGAUGGGAAGUCGGUACUUACUACGGAGAACCGAUAUACUUCCUGGAUGAGGAAAAUCAAUUCAGGGAGCCUCUGUUCAUUGAACACUUUGCGCAUGCUGAUCCUGGUCACCUCGGUGAGCGUAGUUGCCGUCACCUGAUGUCGUAAAGGAAUCGUUUAGCAUUUGGACUUUACGCAGCUUCUGGCCAGAUUUGGCUUCUAUUAUAAAUUGUAAACCAAAAGAACAAACCUGCAUAAAGUGGUAGUCUGUUAAUAAUAAUGAGAAGUGUAAUUAUAUUGUGAGUAAAUUAUUAUAAAAUUUAAAAUAUCCACAGGUUAGAAUAAAAUUGUGUUCAGUAAUAUUCCUGUA